CUCGACCUCGCGCGUUCGCCGUUCCUGCAGUCGAUCGCCCCGCGUCGUAUCGUAUGCGUUUUCGAAAGCUCGGCACACACUAUUAUCAAAAUAAACAUUAUAAUAUCCUACACAUGUAAACGUUACGAACUAUUAUUGUUUUCUAUCCGUUCGGACGUUUCAUUUUUGUUUUUUAUAAUUUUUUUUUUUGUAAUUUUUUUCCUCAAGUCAAUUAAACUCGAUUUGAAUAUAAACGCCCUAAAAGGGUUGAAGCUGCACACAGUUAGUGAUCGUGGUCGGUGUUGUUAUUAUUAUUGUUUUUUUUUUUUAAUACAAUUUAAAUUUUCCUAAUUUGCACAAACGACGAAAAAGGACGCUCAAGAUAAUGAACAAGUGGUGGCUGGCCGUGCUGCUGCUGGUCGCCUGCGUUUCGGCUUUAGCGGACGCCAAAAAAAAAUGGAAAACCGACGAAGACUUUGAGUUCGAAGAGGUCGUCAAACAAAAUAUUAACUUUGAUAACACAUUGACCGAUAUGGGGAAACAAUUUUUGCGACUAGUCUUCGGAAAUAUCAUGGAGAACUCAAAGCCGAAUGACGUUGGAAAAUUUGGAGAAAAGAAAAGAUGGAUUCAUGAUCCAAACAGUGACCUUUGCACGCCUUUGCGUUGCAAGAAAAAAGAACUAUGUUUGCUAGAGGAUACUUACACGGCGGUGUGCGUUAGUAAAAAAGAAAUCCACAAGAAUGGCGAUGUAGUUAUCAGCCGAGAGAAAUACAUGGCCGAGAAAGCAGCCAGGAAAAAGGCUUUGGAAGAAGCUUUAGCCGAAGACGAAGAAGAGGACGACGACGAUGAUAAUUACGAAGACGAAGACGUCGACGAUGACAUUUUCUACGAUAGUGGAAUCAGCAGUUUAUCAUCCAUUAACAACAGGUGCAACCCGUGUCCUGUAAUGAAACCGACAUUCCUGUGCGGCUCCGAUAAUCGUACAUACAGCUCAUUGUGUCGCUUGGACUAUCACAAUUGCCUUCACACCACCAACAUCAAAGUGAACUGCAAAGGAUUCUGCCCGUGUAAAGAUCAAGAAGACGUCGAGCGAAAGAAGCAAAAACAAGCGGAGAGAAUGACAAGCUUUAUGAACAAGUACAAAGCGACUUUGGAAAGUGAAAAAAUGAAAACCAGUACUGCGUCUCCGGUGUCGAAAUACGCAGAAAAGUACAUUUUCGCUCCCGAAGACUUCAAAUACGAAAACAAACAUUAUAAAUACAUAAAGUACAUCAAAAACGACAACCAAAUAGCCAACAAGAAGAAUUCUGAGUUACGGGCCAAGAAAGACAAACGCCACGAGACAAUGGACAACGAAGUGAUCUCGACUAAUGAAAUAUCUCAUCCGUCUUGGAACAAAGAUUGUCCGCCAUCUGCUUUACAAUCGAUGGGCGACCGUUUGUUGGAUUGGUUUUCCGUGAUUAUGGCCGACGCCAAGCGUAGGCGUACAAAGAAUAAGGGAAAAGCCGUUAAGUUCAUUAACGGAUGCAAGUGGGAAGUUCGCUGGAUGUACCAGCACCUGGAUUUGGACUCGGACGGUAAGCUUUCAUUGCAAGAGCUCUACGAUUUGGAACACGACAAGAACGAAAUGUGCAUUAAACCGUUCCUAGACACAUGCGACACCGAUGGAGACAUUUUUGUGAGCCCGUAUGAAUGGUGUCGCUGUUUCGAUAAAACUGAUCGGCCAUGCACAGCUAUCAAACGAAGGAUUUCUCCAAAUGCUUUAGGUGUAUACGUGCCCGUGUGCGAUGCUGAAGGUUAUUACGAGCACACUCAGUGUCACUCCUCUGUGGGCAUGUGCUGGUGUGUGGACAAACACGGCGUAGAAGUACCUAACUCUCGUGUCCGAGGAAAACCCAAUUGCUCAGCCUUGUGGUACGGAAAAGAAGACAACCAAAAAGACAAAUCUAUAGACAACGGUGUAUUAGACAGUGAUACGGAUGUGGACGAUGAGGAAGGCGAUUCGGAGGUCGAAGGCAGUGCAGAUCAGUCGUUAGAGUUUUGAAGACUGUCAUCCCAAUGAACAACUACUGAAUAGUUAUAUUAUUUUUCCAAAGAGUGAAAAGCGAACGGAAUUUUCAAAAUUCGUCCAAAAUUCACAACUAUUGGAACCCUUAUUAAUUAUAGUGCAAUUUUUAGAUACAAAGCUUUUUUGUUUAAAUAACAUUUAUUAGAAUGAUAGUUUAGAUUGUAUGUUGUGUAUGUGUUCUAAAAUUAACAAAAAAAACAAAAACAUCUUUUUCUCAAUAGGUUUAACUAUAUUUGUACUAAAAGGAUUUUGCAUAUAUAUAUAUAUAUACAUAUAUCAACAUUAUUAUUAUUAUUAUUACUACUACUACUACUACUACUACUACUUAUUACUAUUAUUACCCUAAAACUAAACUGAACUUGCGGUUGUGUGUAUGUAUUCCAAUUUGUUUUAUUAAAGUAAUCGAAAAGAAAUUAGUUGGAUGACAAAUUAUUGAACUCUACUCCCUUUCGUGCCAUUUUGUGUUUUCCGCCAAACUUCAUCCUCCUAUAAUUGUGUUAUGUACUUACUUUAAGUAGGUUAUAUUAUUAUAUUUAUUUUAUAUUCGUUUUUAUACAUUAUAUUUUAUGUUUAAAUUGUACAACUAAACUACUGUAGUGUAUCGCACUUCUAUAUGUUUAAUGUUUACGUAUGUUCUGUAAGCAACAUAAUAAUAGUAUAAACAUUAGGGAUUUAAUUGUUUUUUGUAGAUAAUAUAUUAUUUAUUAACGCACGAACGGCCAACCAAAGCACUGGAUUGACUUGUAAUUACAUAAUGGUUUCCAAAUGUCAAACAUGUUGGCCGUUGGUACGAUCUAAACAAAUAUUAUAAGUAUAAGCUUGCACUCGUCCAGCCAUGCGUUUAAGUUUUUCAUAAAUUAUUAACGUAGUUCAUUAUUUAUUUAUUUUUUUUUAUAUUAUUCAUUAUUUAUUUUCCAUUAGUAAUUAUUAUAAGAUCUAUAAUCUAUAAGACAUUCAAUUAUUUUGCCGUCCACGAUUAUUUUGUUACCAAUACUCAAUCGGAUCCAGUACAUUCAUUUCAAUCCCUCAAACUCACGUUCGCAAUUAAAAUAAUAUUAGUAGAUAAGUUGUCCAUUAGAAACUUUUCACUAUUUAUACCAAAACUAUUUAUACCUUAUCAGUAUAUUGUAAUAUUAAAUAUCAUUUUUUUUUUUUUGUUAUACAGAAGUAGAUUAAUUUCUGGCAUAUUUAAAUGACUUGUUGUUGUAUAGAUGUUUAGAGUUGUGUUUAUUGACUUAUUCUUAUUUUUCCCCGCACCAGCGGGUUAUAAUUUUAUUAUUAUUAUGUAUUAUGUUUAUUAGGUAAUAUUUUAUUUAUUAAUGUAACUUGAUAAUAUUAUUAUUAUUAAU